CAAAAGAAAAACCACCCAACACAAACCACCAAACCACCAGAUAAAAUUCUUCGUGGAGCUGGCGAAAAAGUGGGGGAUGAAAGAAACAUAGGCAGCCAUGCGCCAGAGCCAAUUCCUAUACAUCAUGGAUUUGCCAAAUCUUGCAGACGAGACUGCAAAUAUGGCUUUUGCGGUGACUGUUUGGGGAUGGUUUUGGAGGACACACGCUGGCUUGUAUGCUGUGUCUCUUCGCUUAGCAAUCUCUUCCUUUAAUAAUUUCUCUUCCUUCAUCUCGUCUACUCCUUCAUCUUGUCUCUUCCUUCAUCUUGCUUCCUUUAUCUUCCUUUAUCUCAUCUUAUCUUAUUUUAUCUUACCUCCUUCUUUUUCUGGUCUUUUUUUCUCUUUUUUCCCUCCUCUUUGUCUCUUCCCUCAUCUCGUCUCUUGUCUCUUUUCUGCUCCGCCUGGUUGUCUCAUUAUCUUCAACGUUCUUACCGUUGUUGCUAGCUAGUCAUUCCGCUGCACUUGCGCUCUUUUUCUUCACGCUCUUUACAGGCCCUAAACAAACAGCCAAUCGACGCGAAUUAAAAAAAACCCAUUUCGCC